GCCAGGCUUCGGUGCAGAGCGUUGCACAAGAGCCGCUACACUCCCCUCAGGCUGAAGCCACCACAUGCGUCGUAGUGGCCGCUUGAAAGCCUAAACCUGCAUUCCAUAUGGAUGGGGAGAGACGCAUGACAUUCCAGCCUCAGUCCGGUACCGUCAAUGAGUUCCUCCGUAGUCACAAGGCGGUGGUCUGCUCCCUUACGGCUUCAUACAUAUCAACGUUUGUGGGGUACCCGCUCGACUCCGUCAAGUCACGACUGCAAACGAUCAAAACUCCCAUAUCCAUACCCGGCGUCUUUUCCUUAGUGUACCGCGAAGAGGGGUGGAGGGGGUUUUACCGCGGGAUAUGGAUACCUUUAUCGACGAUAUCCUUCGUCCGCGCUGCUUCCUUCACGAUAUAUUCCGGAACAAAGGAGUACAUGCGGAAUCACCAAAUCCUGACUCAAAAUAACAUAGUCGAUGUUGCUGCCAUGGGGGGUAUCAGCGGUGCUACCUCUGGGUCCCUUCUAACAGUUGGGACGGUCCCAUUUGAACUUGUCAAAAUCCGACGGCAACUUGAAUACAGCAUCGCGGCCGCGAAGGGUCAACACCUGGAGCGUGCACCCACUACUAUAGAAGCCAUCCGGGAUAUAGUGCGUAUCAAUGGCCCAAUGGGUCUGUGGACAGGAUUCCGGCUGCACUUUUUACGCGACACUUCCGGGACGGCGCUAUAUUUCAUGGAGUACGACGCGAUGCGGUAUCUUCUGGGUCGCUUGCCGUCAGGCGAGCAAGGUCCGACUCCAGCGUGGCUACCUGUUCACGCAUCCCUCGUUCCCUUUUUGUGCGGUUCAUUAUCUGGGGUGUCUUCUUGGGCGCUGAUCUAUCCUCUGGAUGUCGUCAAGACUAAAAUGCAGCAGAGAGCACUGGCAGGAGAUCAGUAUAGGGGAGCGUUGGAGACCCUUCAACGGUUGAUAAGAGGUCCCGAUCCGCAUAACCCCAAGCCUCUAUUGGCAGGGCUGACGCGCAUAUACCGAGGCCUCGGUAUCAGCGCACUGCGUAGCAUUACCACCCACGGCCUGCUCUGGACGUUCUUCGACAUGACCUCUACUUAUAUUGACUCACUUCCGGGCAAACCCUCGACAUCAGACGAGGGAGAGGACUGACAUGGGCAGCAUAUGAUGGGUGACGGGAACCCCCCGACGAUCCCGACAGCAUACGAAGCGCUGUUUCCGACUCACAACCAGCAUCGCAUAUCCGCAACCAAGCAACUAUUUAGAGACGCAAACAUAACACAUUGCCUAGUUAUAUCAUAUGCUCUGCUGUACGCGGCAACAUCUCC